AUGAUAGUCAGUCGUGCAUAUGCAAAGACUAGGGAAACAGUUAUUCGGCCGCCAGACCCCCGCGAUGACAGUCAGAUUCGACGAUACCGUACUGCAUUUUCUCGUGAACAAAUUGGACGAUUGGAACGAGAGUUCGCCAAGGAGAAUUACGUUUCACGAAAAACCAGGGGAGAACUAGCAGCCGAAUUGAAUCUUCCCGAAGGGACCAUUAAGGUCUGGUUCCAAAAUCGUCGAAUGAAGGAUAAACGCCAAAAAGUCGGUGGAAUCGCAUGGCCUCUAAUCCCUCCACAACUUGCCUAUCUUAUGCAUCCGUUCAGUUACGAUAUGUGGGCAAAAACGGCUUUUGCCUACCCAUCUAGUCCGAUGAUGCCACAUCGUGUCCCGACGGUGCCAUUUCCUGUACAGGGUGAUAUGAUCAAAACUUCAACGAGUGAUUCAUGUGACGACGUGAAGCCCAUUACAAUCGCCAACGCUCUCGAGCUUACAAACUCGACUUCCACUUCAACUGAAUCAACCUGA